AUGUCACGAGGAGGACAAGAUGAUGCCAUUACGGUAUUUUUGGGAGAUUUAUCACGUGAUGCAACAAAAGAAGAAGUUGAAAAAACAUUUAGUUAUUACGGAAAAUUACGUAAUGUUUGGCUUUCACGAAGUCCGUGGGGUUAUGGUUUUAUUGAUUUUGAAGAUCAGCGUGAUGCAGCUGAUGCUGUUAAAGCACUUGAUGGAAAAAUGAUAUGUGGUUCACGUGUUCGUGUUGAAUUUUCUCAUGGUCGUGGUCGAUCAAAUCGUGGCGGUGGCGACGGCGGCGGACGCGGCGGUGGUGGUGGUGGUAGUGGUGGUGGUGGUGGUGGCGGUGGCAGUAGUAGUGGUCGAGCUCGACGUCGUUCUCGUAGUGGAUCACCUCGUUCACGAAAACCUUUUAGUCCACAUGAUGUUUGUUAUGAAUGUGGAGAUCGUGGUCAUUAUGCAUAUGAUUGUGAAAUUCGUUUAAGACGUCAACGUCGUAUGAGUUCAUUGAUGAACAGAGAUUAA